GGAAGGAUUUCACGCAAAACAUGUAGACUAGCAGACACGGGGCACGGUAUUUAGCAAUCACAUAGAUUUAGAGAGAAUUACCUAGUUCACCAUAACUCAGCUAGUGGUAGGAAAAAGCAACCAUGUCAAAACCUGGUCGCUUGGCACUCGGCAUUGAUUUAGGCACAAACUUUUCCUGUGUGGGUGUGCACCGGCAUGGAAGAGUAGAAAUUGUUCCUAACGAUUUCGGGAACAGGACGACGGCAAGCUAUGUCACUUUUACAGACAGCGGGCGAUUAGUAGGCGAUUCUGCUAAGGAACAGGCUAUCAUAAAUUCCAGCAACACGGUGUGUGACGCAAAGAAAUUGAUCGGUCGCAGUUUCAACGACGUUACCCAUCUCAUUGAUCGGUGGCCUUUCAGCGUGAGCAACGACGGUGGGAAACCAACGAUUCAUGCGAAAUAUAAGGGGGAACGACAGACCUUUGCCCCAGAGGAAAUCAGUGCAAUGGUAUUGGCUAAGUUGAAGGAGUCUGCGGAGGCAUACUUGGGACAGGCGGUAACGGACGCCGUGAUCACGGUCCCUGUCGACUUUAGCGAGGUCCAGAGGCAAGCCACUUUAGACGCUGCGGUUAUAGCUGGGCUCAAUGUCUUACGUAUUAUCACUGAACCCACUGCUGCAGUCUUAGCCUAUGGCUUACCUGAUAAACUGCACGACCCUGACAUAAAAAAUGUCCUUGUUUUUGAUCUAGGUGGUAACUCAUUACAGGUUUCUGUUUUAUCAUCCGAGAAAGGAAUUUAUAAAAUUCUCACCAAGUCAGUUGAUGCACAUCUUGGAGGGGAAGAGUUUGACAAUAGAAUGGUGAAUUAUUUUGUGAAAGAAUUUAAGCGUAGGUAUCAGAAGAACAUCAGCAAAGACAAACAUUCCAUUCACCGCUUGCGAAUAGCAUGUGAACAUGCCAAGCGAGUCCUGUCAAACAAUAUACAGGCAAACGUUGAGGUUGAGAAUCUCUUUGAGGGAAUCGACUACUUCACCAUGAUAACAAGAUCUAAAUUUGAAGAAAUCUGCAUUGAUCUUUUCUUUGAUAUUUUAAAACCAGUAGAAAGAGCUUUAAAAGACUGCAGGCUUGACAAGUGUGACAUACAUGAUAUCAUUCUGGUUGGAGGCGCCACUCACAACCCAAAGAUUCAGCAAGUACUACAGAAUUUCAUGGGUGGAAAAGAGCUUAAGAAAUCCAUCAGUCCAGAUGAGGUGGUAGCACACGGAGCCUCCUUACAGGCAGCUCUGCUAACUGGUGUCAAAGAUGACACCACUAAGGACUUGACACCAGUGACAAUUGACCUGGUGCCUUUAUCACUUGGUAUUGAAACCACUGGUAGAAAAAUGACCAAGCUAAUCCAGCGUGACAGCAUCUACCCCAUCACUGUCACCCAGAUCUUCACCACAGAUUAUGACAACCAGCCUGAUGCUUGUAUCCAUGUGUACGAGGGAGAGGAGGCCAUGGCAAAGGACAACCACCUCUUAGCAACAUUUGAGUUGACUGGGAUUCGUCCAGCACCUCGUGGAGUACCAAGAGUUGAAGUGACAUUUCAUAUUGAUGAAGAAGGUCUCUUGCAUGUCACAUCCAAAGACAUCUCCUCUGGUAGUUCUACAAGCAUGGAUGUCAACAUUGACAGAACUUUGUUGUCUAAAGAAGCAAUGGGUAACAUGAUGACAAAGGCAGAUAAAUUCUUUGCAGAUCAUGACCAGUCUGUUGAUAGUAAGAAGUACAUGAAACCAUAUGUGCUUGGUUGUAAAAAAGCUGUUAUUUCAACCAUUAGAAAAAUAACUUCUGAAGUAUGAGCAUGGGAUGAUCUCCGUUGCUUUUUAAAAAAGCAUUACUGCUGUAUGAAAAGGCAAUGUUUGAGUAGUACAAAAAGAAAUUAAAACCAGAAGGGCUGUCAGAAAAGCUUUAUCUGGUUUUACCAGAGUAUGAACUGCUAGUUAAAUAUCAGUUGGAACUUGCUGCUUCAAGAGAAAUUAUUUUGUGAAUGACUAAAACACUAAUCUUGUGCAAUAGUAAAGGAGUUAAUGUGAAGAUAAUUGUGUUGAAAAAAUGUGUAAUGGCUUCAAAUCUGAUAAGAUAUGUCAGUCCAAAUUAUACACAAUUUGAGUGUAGCAAACUAAAAGUAAGCGUAUUUCUUUGUGUCUGUGUGUGUUUCAUAAAAGUUGACAGACUAUUAGACUUGAAUUCUGAAUAAAUUGAUCUUUCAACAUAUUUAAAUGUGAAAUAGUUUCAAAUAU